AUGCUUAUUAUAAUACUGGACCCUGGUCUCCAGGUGAACCUGUUCAGCGGGGCCCUGCUGCUCACCUGUAUCAGCGCUGACCGCUAUGUGGUCAUUGUGCGCUCGGCGCGGGCUCACAACUCGCAGGCGGCGCGGCGGCGGUGCAGCCGGGCGGCGCUGGGCGGCGUGUGGCUGCUGGCGCUGCUGCUCGCCGCGCCUGAGCUCGUCUUUGCCACCGUCCCAGACACAGACUCGUUCUGCAGGAUGGUGUUCCCCCCCCACAUCGGGACCCGCACCAAGGUCCUGGUCCGGGCCCUGCAGGUGAUGUUCGGUUUCUGCGUGCCCUUUGUCGUCAUGGCGUUCUGCUACAGCGCCAUCGCGGCGACGCUGCUGAAGACGCGCAGCUUCCAGAAGCACCGCGCGCUGUGCGUCAUCCUGGCCGUGGUGGCGGCAUUCGUUGUGACGCAGCUGCCGUACAACGCCGUGCUGGCGGUGCAGGCGGCGCAGGCGGCCAACGGGACGAUGGCGUGCGCCGAGAUGAAGCGCUUUGACACGGCGGGCCAGGUGCUGAAGAGCCUGGCGUACCUGCACGCCUGCCUCAACCCCUUCCUGUACGCCUUCAUCGGACGGCGCUUCCGCCGCGACGUCCUGCAGCUUCUGGGCGUCUGCCGCCCCCGCCGCCGCCACGCGCCGGCCAAUCAGAGCAAGAGCUGCCGCAGCUCCACCAGGGCCACGGUGAUGUCAGACAGCGACACCUCGCAGGUGCUCUCGCUGUAGAGACGCACGCCACUUCCUGUUUGGGCCGUCUGCGGGGCGUUAGCGGUUUCUGCGGUUUCUCAGGACGUUAGCGACGGUUUCUCAGGACGUUAGCGACGGUUUCUCAGGACGUUAGUGACGGUGUCUCAGGACGUUAGCAACGUUUUUUUAGGACGUUAGCGACGUUUUCUCAGGACGUUAGCGACGGUUUCUCAGGACGUUAGCGAUGGUUUCUCAGGACGUUAGCGACGGUUUCUCAGGACGUUAGCGAUGGUUUCUCAGGACGUUAGCGACACUUUUACAAGACGUUAGUGACUGUUUUUCAGGACGUUGGCGACAGUUUCUUAGGACGUUAGCGACGGUUUUUCAGGACGUUAGCGACGGUUUCUCAGGACGUUAGCGACAGUUUUUCAGGACGUUAGCGACGGUUUCUCAGGACGUUAGCGACAGUUUCUCAGGACGUUAGCGACGGUUUCUCAGGACGUUAGCGACGGUUUCUCAGGACGUUAGCGACAGUUUUUCUUGGACUUUCUCAUGACAUUAGCCGCGGUUUCACAGGACGUUUCCUGAACUUUCUCAGGAUGUUUGUUGGACUUUUGUGAAGAUUUUUCCUGGAUUUGACCAGACGGCGAGACCUCGAGGCGACAUUGCUGGAGAGUCGCUUGCUAGGGCCACUUCCUGUCUGUGCUGUCUACGGGACAUUAACUCAAGUACUUCCUGUUUACGGUGUCUAUGGGAUGCUAACUCGAGUACUUCCUGUCUGCCCUGUCUAUGGGACGCUAACUCAAGGUGUUUCCUGGACGUUGAAUGUGAAUCGAUCUGGAGCUGCUCUCUUCUCUCCCACAGAAACCUGCUGCUUGUUUAAUGUCAACAAAAAGAAAUGUGGCUGCUGCUAAAGGAUGCUAAAAGCUGCUAACAUCUGCUAGAGGAUGCUAACAGCUUCUAAAAGCUGCUCAAGGAUGCUAAAUGCUGCUAAAAUCUGCUAUAGGAUGCUAACAGCUGCUAAAAGCUGUUACCAGCUGCUAAAAGCUGUUACCGCUGCUUAAGGAUGCUAACAGCUGCUAACAGAAGCAAACAGUUGCUAACAGCUGCCAACAGUUGCUGAGGA